UCAAGCAUUCGGUCGUCGUUCCUCUUCUCCCGAUCCAUUCGGAUAUAAAUUGUGUUAACCAGAGGCAAGCAAGGUCGGAUCGUCGGGCGACCGGACGGACGGUCGGUCGAUGGGUAUCUGGUGUUGCUUCCAGAAGAAGCAGCAUCAGGAUUGCGGCGGCGGUGGCGCACCGGCUGUCGCUCCAGCAGAGCCGCCGCCGUGUCAUGCUCCGGCGACCGUUAGCCCUACUAAACGGCAGCAACCACGCGAGCAGGACGGCGGCGGCCUCGCCACCCUCGUCAACGAGAUGGUCGCAGAAUCCGUGUCGUACCGGCACAACAAGGGGGUGGCGGACGAGUUCCUGGGGAUGAACAAGGAGGCGGUGACGGCGCGCGCCUUCACCUACGGCGAGCUGCGGGAGGCCACGGGCGGGUUCCGCCCGGAGUCGAUGCUGGGCGAAGGCGGCUUCGGGCCCGUGUACCGCGGCCGCCUCCGCAUCCCCCAUGGCGGCGGCGAGACCAAACCCGUAACCGGGGAGGUGGCGGUGAAGCAGCUGGACCGGAACGGGCUGCAGGGAACCCGGGAGUUCCUGGUGGAGGUUCUCAUGCUCAGCCUCCUCAAGCACCCGCACCUGGUAACCCUAAUCGGCUACUGCACGGACGCCGACCACCGGAUGCUCGUCUACGAGUACAUGCCCCACGGCUGCCUGGAAGACCACCUAUUAGACCUCCCUCCUUCUUCCCCGGGGCUCGACUGGAAGACCCGGAUGCGGAUCGCGCAGGGGGCGGCCCGUGGGCUGGAAUACCUCCACUGCGCGGCGGACCGGCCCGGCCCGCCCGUCAUCUACCGCGACUUCAAGGCCUCCAACAUCCUCCUGGACGGGGCCUUCCAGGCCCGGCUCUCCGACUUCGGGCUCGCCAAGGUCGGGCCCGUGGGCGACAAGACCCACGUCUCCACCCGCGUCAUGGGCACCUACGGCUACUGCGCGCCCGAGUACGCGCUCACGGGGAAGCUCACCACCAUGUCGGACGUGUACAGCUUCGGGGUCGUGUUCCUGGAGAUCAUCACGGGCCGGCGGGUCAUCGACUGCGCCAGGCCGCGCGACGAGCAGAACCUGGUCCAGUGGGCCGGGCCCAGGUUCAAGAACAAGCGCCGGUUCAGGGAGAUGGCCGACCCGCUGCUCCGGGACGCGUAUCCCACCAAGGGGCUCUACCAGGCGCUCGCCAUCGCGGCCAUGUGCCUUCAGGAGGACGCCACCAUGCGGCCCGCCAUCAGCGAUGUUGUCACCGCGCUCGAGUACCUCACCGGGGCUUCUCAGGCUCCGGCUCCUCCGCCACCGCCCGCCGGUGAGGACGACGGCGCAGCUGCCGGCGCCGGCGCAGCGGAAGUAACUAGCGGUAAUUAAUUAAGCGUGGCGAAGCAUUCCAGCCACAGGGACGGACGACAUGCAAUUGAUUAAGAUGCAAUUAACUGGAUGCACGCAUGUUUUCUUCUUCUUCAACUAAUUCUGAGAUGCAAUGCAAUACGCAUGCAUGUUGAUUGCUAGUCCGAUUAUAUAUGCAAAGUAUAGACAGAUAGCUAGAACACUUGGCUUGUUUUGUUUCUGUUCGUCUAAAAACGUGCCUCAAUCCGUUCACAUAUUCCCAUGUCUGCAGUGGAUACGUCGACGUCGUUCUAUGGGAGAAUAAGCCUGCUCGGCUCUUUCCUGCCUCGACCUUCUAUCCAAAGUCCCUAAAACUCACACGAAGAGAUUGGAAAUUUGGUGCAGAGCAGAACUCUGCUGCGUUUUUUCUCGAUCUUUUCUUUGCUUUUUUUUUGCGGGUAGAUCUUUUCUUUGCUUUAAACAUAGACAGACGCCUGCUUUUGUUAGAAAUACCAGUCGCCUGCUUUUGGCCUUUAAAACAGGCGCCUGAUAUUUGUUGAGAAUCAGUCGUCUAGUUUUGUGGCUAAAACCAGUCAAAUCUGGUAUGGCUGGCCGAUUGAGCAAACAAUUAAAAUGUGCUCUCAUCUAGUGCCCAAAAAACCAAGAUGCUUUGGCGGCAAAAACACAGUUCAGGUUUGCUGUGCAAAGGGUUUAGGACAGCCCAAAAAUUUGACAAAGCAAAUACAAACUAAAAAUAGCAUUCAUCGUUGCGUAAUGUAGACAUAGGCAAAACUUAGAUGCUGGCUUCAAUUACAGUAGAAAUUCCCCUCAAGAAAAUAAGAGCUACAUCAGCAUCCAUACACACACAUUAUAGAACCAACAAGCAAAA